GGAGCUAAUAAAAAAAAAAAAGAAUGGAGUUUGUGAGCCAGACCUUGUUUAGUCUUGUACUACUGUGUUUGAGCACUACAGUGUACACUUAUGGAACUGGAGCCCUGAUAGUACUGCGUGCAGUUUAAUGAAACCUGGCCAUGGUGUGGAAGCCUCAACGACCGCUGCCCCUUACAAUUUACAAGUCUCUGGAAGCACCUAUAACCCAGGACAGAAUAUUACAGGUGGUUAUUCGACGCCUGCCUCCCAACCUGUCAAAGGAACAGCUUGAGGAGCAACUUAACCCUUUGCCUGCUUAUGACUACUUUGAGUUCUUCUCAGCUGAUCAAAGCCUUUAUCCACACCUUUUCUCAAGAGCAUACAUCAACUUUAAAAACCCUGAAGACAUAGUUCUCUUCAGAGACCGCUUUGAUGGAUAUGUAUUUAUAGAUCACAAGGGCCAGGAAUAUCCUGCUGUUGUGGAAUUUGCGCCAUUCCAAAAGAUAUCCAAAAAGAAGCUAAAAAAGAAAGAUACCAAAUCUGGCAGUAUUGAAGAAGAUCCUGAAUACAAAAAGUUUUUGGAGAGUUAUUGUGGGGAUGAAGAGAAGGCCACUGCCAAUCCUGAGACACUUCUUGGAGAGAUAGAAGCAAAGACCAGGGAACUUAUUGCUAAAAGAACUACACCACUUCUGGAAUACAUAAAAAAUAAGAAACUAGAAAAACAGAGAAUCAGGGAGGAGAAGCGAGAAGAAAGAAGACGAAGGGAGCUGGAGAAAAAACGCAUGAGAGAGGAGGAGAAACGGAAACGCAGGGAAGAGGAACGGCGCAAAAGGAAGGAAACUGAAAAGCAGAAGAAGCUAGCAGAGAAAGAAAUCAAGAUUAAGCUCCUUAAAAAGCCUGAUAAGGAUGAUGAGCAGGACCUAGACAAGCUGAAGGAAAAGGGAGACUGUGGAGACAUCGAAAAGGGGAAGUGGGAUAAAAACAUGAAAUCAAAACAGUUAGACACUGUAACCAAAGACCAAAAGGAGAAAGUACAGACAGAGAGUGACAAAGAGCAGCGAGAGCAUGGGAGGAGGUUAAGAGAGAAGGACCACGACAGGCCGAGAUGCCGUGAAGAUGAGCGCAAGAGACAGAGACACCACUACGAGUUUGACAAGUUCAUGAGACGAAAGGAAGAGACCAAGUGGGGGAAGGGAUACUGCCACGACAGGGCUAAGAAAGACAUCCAUAACAGUUAUUCAUAUUGUCUGGAUGGUGACAAACUGGGAAAAGAAGACAGGGGUGAUGAUAUAAAAGACCGCAUCCGCAACAAGUCUGUGUUAGUGCAUCAAGAGAAAAGGACCUCCCAUUCAGAGGGUCGUGACGUGAUAGGAGGGGCUCUGCCAGCGAAGGACCGUCCGGCAAUGCAGCUCUACCAACCCGGAGCCCGCAGUAGAACACGCCUGGGAUCUGGUGGAAAAUCUUACGACAGCUCCAGCAAGUCUCCAGAUCGCAUUGUCGACAGGAAGUUUGAAGCUGCUACAGGAACUGGAUCAGAGAAGAGUGGGGAAGAGUAGCAUCCCAGCAGUUUCUGAGUAUUAAGGCACAAUUCUUUCAACAUCAUUUAGUGUAACCAUUACUAAGAGUAUCACAUUCAAAUUACAUUUGUUUUAUAUAGAGAAAAAAUGUUAAAAAGACAAUACACACUUUGCAAUACUCAGUGGAGCUACCUAUGGAAAAGUUGUUUUGACAAGUCUUCAUUGUUAUUUAUGAAAUUAGUGCCAGACUUUACUACCGAUAGAAGUUUUUUGUGCAUCAACUACUUUAUGCAAUGCUAUGAAAUAAUACAGUGUUUAGUUUAAUUUGAAAUGUUUACUUGUGAUGCACUUUACCUGCCCACACAUUUAUUCCACCUGUCUCCUAAAGUAAAAUACCUCAUCAUUUGGUAUAAGAUGGUAUUAUUAAAUGUAUUUUCUGGUAUAUGUUUAUAAUAGUAAUAUAUAUGUUUGUAAAUCUAAGUUAUUCAUAUUUAUGAAAAAUGAUAUAUAGUUAAAAUUAGUUCUCUAUUUAAAAAAAAAAAAUCUAUAUUUAAAGUUAUUGCCUUGAUGGCUGUAGUGCUUUAAUGUAUUGCCUUUUACUAAUUGUUUUUAUUGUAGUAAGUGGAAGUCUUUUUUCCUUGUCUUUACAAGGAUCUAGUUCUCAUUCACUGUUCCUUACCAGUCACUGCCAGAUACGAAGUAUGAGAACAAUAUUACAACCUUUAAAUGUAUUUUUAAGGUUAUUGUGCAGGAGAUGUUGGUGUGUUGUGCUCCAGGACUCUCACAGACAGCAGUCCUAAACCUACCUAAGCACAAGGCUAAGCUAUGGCAGAAGAAAACUUUUUUUUUUCAUUUUUGCAACAUAAUUUUAUAUUUCUAACAAAAUUUUAAAAAAAUGAAAUUUCUUGGAGUUUUUUUCAGUUUAUGAAUAACAAUAUAAAUAAAACACUUUAUUCUACAUUUCUUGCAACAGAUGAAAAACAGACAAUACAUAUAGAAAUGUUUGAUGUUUUAUUCACUUUUGUCUGCUUUUAAGAAGCCAAAAAUAUAUAAGAUAAGAUAUGUGUCAGAAUAUAUUAUUAUCACACAAUAUUAUGUCUCUGGUUGGUUUUGGGCUGGUAACGCAUUUCUGGCUGUGCCGCUUGUGCAUUACAGCCCCAAACCAACUCGAGACAUAUAUUACUGUGUGAUAAAGAAUUCUGACCCCUACAUUAUUCUAUUUAUAUUUUUUGCACAUACCUAUGUACAGUAUAUACAUGAAGAUUACAAGGAUAUUCCUUUUUCAGUAUAGUGUGCUUUUUCAGUAUAUUGUGGCGUGUUGUGAGGCACAGGGUGUACAGGAAUAUCAGUACAACCUAGUCUUCAAGUGUGUUUUUGCACUUAUGAAAUGGCUUAACAUUAUUUUACAAACAAAACAAAAAAAACGCUAGAUUUAAAAUUUAAAUGAUGGUUCACUGAAUGAAUCCUUCAUACAAUGCAAAACAGUCCCUAUACUUUGGCUGUAGAGAGCUACUAAUUGACUAGAAAAUGUAUUACUGCUGAAUUUAUUGUUCAUUUACUUCGUAGAUAUGUAAAUGUGCUUACUUAUUUAUUUCAUAUUAUGAAUGUAUUGUUUUUCUGAAAAGGAAAAUAAAGAAAAGGAAAAUAAAA